AUUAAUCAUUUAUAUUAUUUUGUUCCGAGUGUGGCAGAAACAUGCAACGCUAAGUGCCAUGACACAAGGCACGCUGUUUGCUCUAUCAGUCUAUUUUGGGCCACAGUUAAGUGUCUUAUCAGAAUUACCAAGUCUAAUACUGAAGAUACUGCGCUAGUACUGCAGGCGUGUACAAUAAACAACAAAGCAGUCACUUAUCACUAGGCACCAUGCUCCCAUCUGCCCAGUUACAAUCAAGGGUGCAUUAUCACACCCUCUCACGUGAGCGCGAGACGCCACCGCAUUGGUCAUUUCAGACCGGGGAAGUUGUUUCUGUUGUAAUUCAGGAAGAACCCAACUCAUUUCAAAAAUAGGUUGGGAUUUAUUUGUCAAAGUUACAUUAUUUAAAAAAGGAAAUUAUUAUAAUCCUGAGCACUAUCGUGUGUGGAUAGCGAGCAAAUAGAUUCACUUCCCAUCACCUGCCAAUCAAUCACCAUUCCUGCCCAGCCGUCCCACCUGUGUGGGAGAGGCUGUAUGUGUGGUUGGACCUGUUCCGGCCCAUUGGCAUGGCGAUGAUGGAGGAAGGGGCGCGGAGCUGCCUGCUUCAGUCACGCUCCAGCCUGGAGCAGGACAUCAGGGCCUCCUACCUGAUGGAUCACAUGAUCAGCGAUGGCGUGCUGACUGGGGACGAGGAGGAGAGGAUCAGGAGCAAGCCCACCAGGAGAGAGCAGGCUGCGGCCCUGCUGGAGCUGCUCCUGAGGAAGGAUAACCAGGCCUACAUCUCCUUCUACAACGCCCUGGUCCGCGAGAGCUACGGAGACCUGGCCAGCCUGCUCCACAACAGCCUGCCCCUGGUCUCCCCCGAGGCCGAGAAGAGCUUCUCAGACGCGGGCACCCGCUAUGUCCAGACGGUGCUGAGUGAGGGCGGCGUGCCCCAGAGACCCGUGGUGUUUGUGAGCCGGCCAGCCCUGGUGAACCGGGUCAGGGAGAAGCUCUACCGAUUGCAGAAGGAGCCCGGCUGGGUCACUGUGUUCGGCAUGGCCGGCUCCGGCAAGUCUGUCUUGGCUGCGGAGGCAGUCCGAGACCACGCACUCAUCACAGAGUGUUUUCCAGGAGGAGUCCACUGGCUGUCCAUAGGCCAGCUGGACCGGGCUGACCUGCUUGUGAGGAUCCAGUCGCUGUGUUUCCGCCUGGAGCAGCAGUGCCAGGAGCAAGACCCCUCGUCCUCCCUCCACCGGCCUCCUGGCUCUCUGGAGGAGGCCAAGGAGCGCCUACGCUUCCUCAUGCUCCGUCGUUACCCCAGGUCGUUGCUGAUACUGGAUGACAUCUGGGACAACUCGGUGCUCAAGGCCUUUGACAUCCAGUGUCGAGUACUGCUCACCACCCGAGACAGAAGCCUAGCCGACUGUGUCAGUGGUUCUAAGUCUGAGGUGGCAGUGGAGAGUGGUCUGGAGGAGGAUCAGGCCUUGGAGAUCCUCGCCCUGUAUGUCAACGGGAAACCCCAGAGACUCCCAGAACAGGCCCGCAGCAUUGUCAGAGAGUGCAAAGGCUCCCCCUUGGUGGUGUCCCUAAUCGGGGCCCUGCUGCGGGAGUUCCCGGACCGCUGGGCCUACUACCUGCGCACGCUCCAGCAGAAGAAGUUCAAGCGUAUCCGUAAGUCGUCUUCGUAUGACUACGAUGCCCUUGACCAGGCCAUGGCUGCCAGCAUCCAGGUCCUGUCUGAGGAACACAGGGAGCUGUACAUUGACCUCACCGUGCUGGAGAAGGACGUCAAAGUACCUGCCAAGGUUCUGUCGGUUCUGUGGGAUCUAGAACCGGAGGAGGUGGAGGACGUUCUCCAAGACUUUGUGAACAAGUCCCUACUGUUCCGUGACUGUCACCACCGGCCCUACCUCUACUACCUCCACGACCUCCAGCUGGACUUCCUGGCUGAGAUGAACCGCUCUGGUCUAGAGAGCCUCCACUCUAAGGUUGUGCGUCAGUACCAGCAGUGCUACAGCCAGGGUCCCCCCACCUCAGGAGAUGAAGAGUGCCUCUACUGGUUCAGAUUCCUCACCUACCACAUGGCCAAGGCCAACCUCACACAGGAGUUGUACUCUCUGAUGUUCUCUCUGGACUGGGUCAGAACUAAAGCUCAGAUUAUGGGACCUGCUCAUCUCAUCAAUGACUAUGUGGAGUACGGCGCCAUACUGGACAAAGAGAACAGCGAGGUGCGGGGCCACUUCCAGGAGUUCCUGUCUCUGAAUGGCCACCAGUUGGAGCAGCGUCCGUUCCCUGACGUAGUGCAGCUGGCCCUGUCCCAGCCAGACUCCUCCGAGGUGUACCGCCAGGCCCUGCUGCAGGCGCAGGAGAGGGCCACCAGAGGGGGACUCUACCUUGACUGGGUGAACAAGAGUAGUCUUAAGAGUCUGUCUCGUCUGGUGGUCCAGCCCCACCAGGGAUCCAUCUACUCUGCCUGCUUCUCCCACGACGGCACCAAGAUCGCCUCCUGUGGCUCCAGCAAGACACUGCGAGUGUUUAAGAGCACCUCUGGGGAGAAGCUGCUGGAGAUCCAGGCCCAUGACGAUGAGGUGCUCUGCUGCGCCUUCUCCCCCGAUGAUCGUCUCCUAGCAACCUGCUCCAGCGAUAGGAAGGUCAAGGUGUGGAACGUGGAGCGUGGGACUCUGAUGAGGGUGUUUGAGGACGAACACGAGGAGCAGGUCAACCACUGUCAGUUCACCAACACACGCCGACGCCUCCUACUGGCCACCUGCUCCAACGACAAGUUCAUGAACACCAAGCUGUGGAACCUCAAUAAACCCUCCUCUCAGAACACCAUGUUUGGUCAUUUGGAGCCUGUCAAUCACUGCUGUUUCUCCCCUGAUGAUGCCCACCUCUCCACCUCUUCCAGUGACGGAACCCUGAAGCUGUGGGAGGUGUCCUCGGCCAAUGAGUGGAAGUCCAUAGAUGUGGCGGACAUGUUCCCGGAGCAGAGUGAGCAGACGGAGGUCAUGGUGAAGUGCAGCACCUGGUCAGCAGACGGCAGGAGCAUCAUCUGUGCUGCCAGGAACGCAGUCUUUGUGUUUGACGUAGAGACGGCGGCCAUGUUGUUGGAGAUCCGGACCAGUCGUCUGAGCACGGUGCAGUACUGUCAUGCCUGUCCCAGCAGCAACCUGGUGGCCAUCGCACUGUCACACUAUGCUGUGGAGCUGUGGGACAUAAAGACCAAUAAGAAGAUGGCUGACUGUAGUGGUCACCUGAGCUGGGUCCACGGAGUCCAGUUCUCCCCCGACGGAUCUCUACUGCUCUCUUGCUCUGACGACCAGACCGUCAGGGUAUGGGAGACUAACAAGGUCCACACCUCCUCGGCUGUCUGUCUGAAGAGGGACUCUGACGUGCUCUUUAACAACGGUGACAUCAUCGUGGUCGCCGCCGACAACCGCAACAGACUGCAGGUGAGGAAUGGGAGGACAGGAGCGGUGAUGUUCCAGUCAGAGGAGCAGGAGUCUCGUAUCCGCUGCACUGCUAUCUGCACACAGACCUCAGCCGUGGGGCUGGGACGAGAGGAUGGGACCAUACAGGUAGGAGGGAUGACAGUUAGGCAGGUGCUGAGGACCAUCGGAUGGAGGACUCUACAGCUGCUGAACUCUCACAGGGGGUUGGUGCUGGCGUUAGGGCUAGAGACAGGCAGUGUGCAGGUGUUGGAGGUGCCGUCGGGGACCCCCCUAGCCACUCUGCAGGGUCACACCAGGACAGUGCUCCACUGCCAGUUCACCCCGGAGGGACACACACUGAUCACCUCCUCUGAGGACACCACCAUACGGGUGUGGAGGUGGAGGACAGGUGAGUGUGUGGUGCUGGAGGGCCACAAGGAGCAGGUCAGAUGCUUCUCUCUGCUCACCACCUCACCCUCCUCAGAGACACAUCUCCUCAGCUGGUCCUUUGACGGCACCAUCAAGGUGUGGGACAUGUCUAGUGGUGAACGGCUGCAGGACCUAAUGUGUCACCAGGGGGCGGUGCUAGCCUGUGACGUGUCGCCUGAUGGACAGAUCUUCGCCACCACCUCCGCCGACAAGACCGCCAAGGUGUGGAGCAGUGCAUCGUGGGAGUGUGUGUGCCCGUUGAACGGCCACCAGGACUGUGUCCGCAGCUGCCGCUUCUCUUGGGACGGUCGGCGCCUAGCGACCGGCGACGACAACGGAGAGAUACGGCUGUGGAACGUGAAGGAUGGUACUCUGCUAAAGAUCUGUUCCCGUGACAACAAGGACGCCAUGGACUCUCUGCACGGAGGAUGGGUGACUGACCUGCACUUCUCCCCAGACAACACCGUGCUGCUGUCUACAGGAGGAUACAUUAAGUGGUGGAAUGUGGAGAAAGGGGAGGCCCUCCAGACCUUCUACCCGACAGGAGCCAAUCUGAAGAGGAUCCACGUGUCACCUGACUUCUCCACCUUCGUCACCAUCGACAACAUCGGAAUCCUCUACAUCCUGAAGAAGGUGGAAUGAGAGGGAGGCAUAGCUCAAUAGUCUAAAGUGGCUUCCUUAUAGCUCAAUAGUGUAAAGGAAGUGUAGCUCAAUAGUGGAAAUAGCUCUCGUCUCCUCUCCUUGCAUUGAUCUGAAAGAGCCAGACAGGUGAGAGCCAAUGUCCAUUAGGCAUCUGCCUAGCCUGCGUGUUCAGAUCAGAUCGGAGCAGUUGAAGAACAGGAGAUCUGCUAAAGGAAAAAAUACAUCAUUUCUACUGCUCUGCCUUCUUCUGCCUGCCGUAACAGUCAGAACAAUCCCAACAAAAUUGAUAUCCUGAAGAAAUGAACUAUUAUGCUUUUGUUAUUGUAUCAGGGGACGCUAGAAAAAAUACAUUUGAUUCUUACUGCACUGGGGUAAAUUGCAUGCAAUAUGGAGAGAUUUUACUAUGCUCUUUUUAACUAGGAAAAUCUAUGCUAUAAUGAAAUGCACCAGCAUUAUCUGUUGUGAUUCUAUAGUGAUGUUGUCAAACACAGUGAAUCGUUUCUGUAUUUCUAAGUGUCCAAUGAGUCUUUUGCUUUGUUGAUGUAGUGGCACAAUGCAAAUGUGAAAGUGAAAGAAUUUCCCAUGUUAUCUGUCGUCUUAAACAAAGUACAUGUAUUUUUCCCUGUGAAGUUCGGGCGCAGGGAGCCUAGCGAUUUAAGAGCGUUGGACCAGUAACUGAAAGGUUGCUGGUUCGAAUCCCUGAUCCGACUAGGUGAAAAAUCUGUCUAUGCCC